AGGGGCAGCGCCAGCGGCAACAGUGCCUACGACACCGCCAACACCUCCCAAGCCUACAGAAACAAUAAACGCCGAAUAUGAGUUUACUCCAGAGGAGGAGACAAGUACUCCAGCCAACAUGACGAAAGAAGUGACGCCUGGUACAGCGGCUGUUAGCACCAGGUCCGUUGCUCAAGAUUGGCAGUUUCCAGACUACACGACGUUCGAUAUCACGCCAAAACCGCGGUAUACGGGCACGACUCGUCCGCGGCCCAAACUCAAUUUGACUGGCACAGACCUGGACAUCAAUAUGAUCCUAGGCAUCCUAGCCAACCUGACGUACGACUACGAGUGGAACCUCACCGAGGAGUUCAACCGGACGAUCAUAGAGUCAGGCGCACCGAAGUGUCCCACGCCGUCCGAGCCCACCACCACGGUCACCACGCCUGCCGCCUACGACUUCUCCAAGUCCCCCGUCGUCAGCAAGUGCUUCGUCUGCGGGCUGACCACCACGGAGAUCCCGCGCAGCGCGCACUGUGCUGACGCGUUCGGCGGAGACUUCCUGCCGCUGGCGCCCGUCGACGCCCGCUCCCGAAGCCACAUCGCCUCCUUCAGGAAGUAUUGCCGGCGCAUGGACGUCCACAACUUCGUGGAGAACCCGCGGGAGCCGCGCUCCAUCUACGGGCGGUUCACCGGCGGCUGCGCAGUCCGCUGGACGGACCUGUCGGGCGUGUACACGCAGCGCACCUGCCGCGCCAAGUUCCGGCCGCUGCUGGGCAGGCACUUCGGCAGCAAGCGGCUGGCCAAGCUGGAGCUGGCGCUCAUAAACGUGAAGAACGGCUGCAUCGCCAGCCCGAUGGCGACGCUGCUGCCGCUGUCGCGCGGCAUCUCGCUGUACGCGCGCUUCCACGCGUGCGUCUGCACGGGCAACUGGUGCAACCUGGCGCCGCCUGCGCCCGCGCCGCUGCUGCAGCGCGCGCUCCACGCCCUCUAUGCGCUGCUGUCGCACUUGCUUUGUCAACAACAGGACCUGAGGAUGGGAACAUAGGAAUUUCGUAUCGUUUGAUUUUUGUAUUGUUUGUAUGUAAGUAUCUACAAUUAUACAAUCACGAGUAUCAAAGUG